AUGGAGGAAGUACCACAACCACAGACCUCUCCCUUGCUGGCUGAUUCUGCUCAACCUCAAGAUGCCGCUCAGGAUAUCAAUCCAUGGAGCGUUAGCGGUGCCGUUGUCGACGGAAAGCUGAAGGAGAUUGACUACAAUCGACUCGUCCAAACUUUUGGAACAAAAUUGAUCUCCACCGACCUCCUGGAGCGCUUCGAGCGAGUGACAGGCCAUCCGGUGCAUCCUUUCCUUCGGCGAAAUCUCGUCUUCAGCCAUAGGGACCUUGACUGGAUUCUUAGUCGGCAUGAGAAGGGCGAGCCCUUUUUCUUGUACACCGGUCGGGGACCUAGUAGCGAUAGCAUGCACCUGGGCCAUAUGGUUCCCUUCACAUUUACCAAGUGGCUGCAAGAUGUUUUUGAUGUGCCUCUGGUCAUCAUGAUGACCGACGACGAGAAAAUCAUCUUCGGCAAAAAAGCUCACACUUUGGAGGAGAUGCGAGCAUUCACCCGGCAAAAUGCCAAAGACAUUUUGGCCGUAGGUUUCGACCUGAAAAAGACAUUCUUAUUCAGUGACUUCGACUUCAUGGGCAAAGCUUUCUACGAAAAUGUGGUGCAGAUAUCUCGCCUCAUCACGUACAAUACGAGUAAAGCAGUCUUUGGCUUCAAUGACAGUGAUAACAUUGGCAAAUCUCACUACGUUGCAGUACAAUCAGCUACAGCCUUUGCAACCACUUUCCCUCACAUCUUCGGACCGGACCAGAAAAAAAACGCCAAAAUCCCCUCUCUCAUCCCAUGCGCGAUCGAUCAAGAUCCCUAUUUCCGCGUCUGUCGCGAUGUAGCACCGCGUCUCGAUUACUGCAAACCGGCAUUGAUCCACGCUAAAUUCUUCCCGGCACUACAAGGCCCUGGAUCCAAAAUGAGUGCUUCCAUUGAUUCCAGCGCCAUUUUCAUGAAUGACACCCUGAAGCAAAUUGAGAAGAAAAUUAAUAAGUAUGCAUUUUCUGGUGGUCGUGACACAUUGGAGGAGCAACGUCGAUUGGGUGGUAAUCCAGACGUGGACGUUUCCUAUCAAUAUCUCAGUUUCUUCUCCGAUGAUGAUGAGGAACUCGAGCAGAUCCGGACUGGCUACGUGAAAGGAGAGCUUCUCACGGGCGAAUUGAAGAAGAAAUGCAUCGUCAAGCUGCAAGAAUUUGUGAAGGCGUAUCAAGCUCGUCGUGCAACAAUUACGGAUGAGCUGCUUGAUGAGUUUAUGAAGGUGCGGCCUCUUGUGUGGCAUCAGGGUGGAAGAAAUUCGUGUAGAUGA